AUCGACCCAUUCAGUACAGUAACACGAUUGCUGCUACUUAAUACUAGUGAGCAUUUUUGCAGCCUAGUAUACUGAAUUUUCCACAAGUGACAGCAAUCGUGCGACUUCGUUUUCGCAACCCGGAAGUCUCUGCCCAAACUGCCUGUGAUUUCCGUUCUGCGGCCAACUAGACUCAGUGCUUGCGUACUUCAGACUUUCUUCCGACGUCGAGUGACGAGGGAUAGGGACUCGAAAAAAAGCAGGUUUUACAGUUUUGUGAAACGCAAAAUACACCUUUGUUAGAAAUGUCUGGCGGUAACAAAGCAACCUCCCUGGUGAUUGACAACGGUUCCGAUAGUAUCAAGGCCGGGGUGACUGGAGAGGACGAGCCGAAGGCUGUGUUCCCCAACGUCGUCGGAAUACCGCGCCAUGCUGGCGUGGCUGGCCCAGGACAAAAGGACACCUACAUCGGAGGUGAAGCCCGGCGCCUGAAAGGUGUUCUCAGCAUAAGGUACCCCAUUGAGCACGGUGUCGUCACAAAGUGGGACGAUAUGGAGAAGAUCUGGCAUCACACCUUCCACAACGAGCUGCACGUGGCACCGGAGGAGCACCCUGUGCUACUGACUGAAGCUCCCCUUAACCCCAAGGCCAACAGGGAAAAGAUGGCACAGAUCAUGUUUGAGAUCUUCAAAGUGCCUGCCAUCUACGUGGCCAUGCAGCCUGUGUUGUCACUCUACGCCUCAGGUCGAACUACGGGACUCGUGUGCGAGUUGGGUCACGGCGCUUCGCACGCGGUGCCCGUCUGCGACGGCUACGCGGUGACCGACGCCAUUCUCAGUGUGGACUACAGCGGCUAUGAUCUGACGUGGUACCUAACGAAGAUCCUUACGGAAAGCGGAUACAAUUUCAAAACGCGGUUGGAUUUAGACGCCAUCAGAGGCUACAAGGAGAGGUCGUGCUACAUAGCGCUUGACUUCGACCUGGAGAUGCAGAAGGAAAUGCCCGACGUGUCCCCGGAGCACAGCUACGAGCUCAGCGACGGAGAGGUCAUCACCCUGCGCAAUGAGCGGUUCCGUUGCCCGGAGGCUCUCUUCCAGCCGGCGGUCCUGGCCGACGAGGAGUCCCAGCCUGGACUCCACCAGCUCGCGCACGACAGUAUUGAGAAGUGCGGGGCGGAGCACACCAAGGACCUGUACGCUACCGUGGUUCUUGCUGGCGGCUCCACACUGUUCCCCGGCUUCGCCGAUAGAAUGCAGAAGGAGUUGACCGCCCUGGCUCCGCCAUCGACGAAGGUCAAAGUCUACGCUCCUCAGGAAAGGAAGUUCUCUGCGUGGAUAGGUGGCUCUAUCCUUGCCAAACAGCUCACCCUACAUCAGAUGUGGAUCAGCAAGCAAGAAUACGAAGAGUCUGGCCCAAGUAUCGUGCACCGCUGCGGUGCGAAGGAGGCGAAAUAGGCCAAGACGUCGAUGUUUUGUGUCAAAAGAAGGACUUACAGUUUGGGGAUGCUAAAUUAUAUACUGGAUGGAUGCAAUAUUGUAAUUGGAUUGAAUGUUUAAAUCCCGAUACGUUAUGGGGUCACAUAAUUUUACAGUUGUCGUUUGGCUGACAUCGCGAGAGGGCGCUUGGCAGCAGAAUUGCCAACUUGCUACUGGAUUGCGAUGGAAGCAUAAAUAAGAAACACCACUGAAUUUCCUGCUUUCUCCAACCUUAAAUGACAGGAACCGUACUUUCCCUACGCAGUUGUUCUUGAUCACCUAACCCAUCAGUUUUUCAGCUUCUGGUUUACCUUUGGUGUCAUAAUUUUAAUUUUAUUCACCGACAGUGCAGACCCAAAUUUGACUUAAUUAAGUCCUUCAAACUUUGAUUCAAGUCAACCUGAGUGGUUUUGUUUGGCAGCUAAGCGCUGAAUAGAUUAUCAUAGAGAUACACUAUUUAGAAGUACCUUUCAUAAAUAAUUCAGCCGAGAGCUGUGUAGAUUUCAUAGAUGGAUAUCCUCUGAAGUAUCUUUUGCCUCCUUUUAAUUGUGAUGUUGCAGGUUUACGUUUAGGUUUAUGCCAUUUCAUCAAUGUAAUUUGACGAUACAAUUCCGGGGUAAUUCUUUUCCUCUGUCGCUCACUCAUUGUUUACUAAUGUUUUGGCAUACUAACAGUACAUCAAAGCAAUAUGCGUUCGGUGCCUUUUCAUCGGCAACCCACGUUGUUUUUUUUAUUCCAUGAAGGGCGAAAUCCAUUAAGUUCGUUUUCUGCAGUGCUUGAAUUUCAUGCCUUUUAGAGGCAAUGUGUGAAGUAAUGAAAAACGGAUCGCAUUCAGACGUAGAGGAUCGCCUCUCAGUCUUCCAACUGCAGUUUCGUCAAAGCAGCUAAGAUGGUAUGUCUAUAGCAUCGGCUACCGUACUAGUUCCUAGCGUUGCUUCCGAGUCCAUCACACUCCCUUGACAAGUGCAGCCACAACUCCCUUCACAAGGUCAGUCCUCAGUAUCUGGAUGAACAAUGACAAAAGAAUGCUUUUGUCACAGCUCAUUUGAAUAGUUUGCGAAUUGGCUUGGGACUGAAUGACCUGUGGUGGAUUUGUGAUGGCUUACUCGAAUACUGCGAUUUCGCUGUGUCCUUCGUAUCAUCAAGUCCUUAUUCAAUUUUAUCUCUGAAAGUUAAAUCUUCACUAUACCGUAAGUGAUUUCAAUAGAUUGUAGCAAUCGGGGACGCUAUUUUAAUCAUAAGUUAGUAUUGAUGUACACAUGUCCUUGCAUAUUUGUAGGCCCGUGAUAAAAAGAAUAAAAUAGUGGUGAGGCAGUCAA